GCCUCCCUCUCAGAUCCCCUUCUCCUCUCCUCCCCCCAAACCCUAACCCUACUUCCUUGAUCCCUCCCCUUCUCCUCCCCCCUUUCCCCUCCAGAUCCCCCUCAUGGGCGGCCCGCCGGCGGCGCCGCAGCUCAGCGGCCGGUUCUUCACCAUCGGGCUCGUCGCCUCCUGGUACUCCUCCAACAUCGGCGUGCUCCUCCUUAACAAGUACUUGCUCAGCAAUUAUGGCUUCAAGUACCCGAUCUUCCUCACCAUGUGCCAUAUGACCGCCUGCUCGUUGUUCAGCUAUGUAGCCAUCGCCUGGCUCCGCGUUGUGCCCAUGCAGACCGUGCGCUCGCGGAUCCAGCUUUUCAAGAUCUCCGCUCUCAGCCUCGUCUUCUGUGGAUCCGUCGUUAGUGGGAAUGUCUCGCUUAGGUACUUGCCCGUCUCGUUUAACCAGGCUGUUGGCGCCACCACGCCCUUUUUCACGGCUGUCUUCGCUUAUCUCAUGACUGUCAAGCGGGAGGCUUGGAUCACGUAUAUUACCCUCAUUCCUGUCGUCACCGGCGUCGUCAUCGCCAGUGGGGGGGAACCGAGUUUUCAUUUGUUUGGGUUUAUUGUGUGUGUUGCUGCUACUGCUGCAAGGGCACUCAAGUCUGUGUUGCAGGGAAUUUUGUUAUCUUCUGAGGGGGAAAAGCUCAAUUCUAUGAAUCUCCUGCUGUACAUGGCUCCAAUAGCAGUGGUUCUCUUACUUCCUGCAACACUGAUUAUGGAGGAAAAUGUUGUUGGUAUCACACUUGCUCUUGCUAGAGAAGACAUCAAAAUUGUUUGGUACCUACUUUUUAAUUCUGCUCUGGCAUAUUUUGUGAAUUUGACCAACUUCUUGGUCACUAAACACACGAGUGCAUUGACUCUCCAGGUUCUGGGGAACGCAAAAGGCGCUGUGGCUGUUGUGGUAUCAAUUCUUAUAUUCAAGAACCCUGUAUCUGUAACUGGAAUGCUUGGUUACAGUAUGACAGUCAUAGGAGUCAUUCUUUACAGUGAAGCGAAGAAACGCAACAAAUGACCAUUCCCUACAUCAAGCUUUCUGCCUUUAAAUUCUCAGGUGCGCUAACUUCGUUGAACUCUGGAGUUGGCAGAGUCCUGCAUACCUGUGCAUUGGUUGUGCACUAUACUUUUGCUGGCGACCUCGAAGCGUUCCUGCCUGUACCAAGACCGACCAAGUAGUGAGUAGGGAGUAAAGGUAAUUUCCAUAAACUACAAUGGCUUUAUUUUUUUCCCCCUCUUAUUAUGGCGAUACUUGCCACGAAUUUUAUCAUGCAAGGAUUAUAUAUGCCUACAAUUCUUUGUUAUAGAGUUGAGCUCGAGUUGAUUUUAGUUCCAAUCCUUGUUGAUUAAUCAAUGUAAGAUAUUUCUCUUUUUCUCUUCUUGUGUAUCAUGGACCUUAUUGUUGCUCUUUUUUUGAAUGUAUUAUUAUUGAUCACC